CAACGUCACUCGCUCAAUCAUACCCUUAUCCGUCACUGGGUCAGUGGAGGAUCAUCCUUUACUAUCCCACUCGGGCAGAGUGUGAAACACAGAGACCGUUGCUCUCGAGCACGCCAAGUUGGACCCUCCAACUCCUCGGUCCUUGGAUUUGAACGGAGUAAACGGAUCUGCCAAGACAAGGACAAGGGUUUUGAUCAUUCAUUCGCAGAAGGGGACGCGCAUAUCGAGCAGCCGAGCCACAGACCAGACGCAACUGUUAGCCACCUGCAGACUUUUGUUCGCUCUCCUCGCAUCUUGCAGUUGGAGGUUUAGCUACAUAGCGACCUAGCGCUUGAUCCGAUCCCUGUCAUUUGCUCUGCUUCUGCGGCUGCAGUCAGACAUUGAUUGACACUGGACUGACAUUGGUUUUCGUCAGCUUUGAAACCGAACCAGAAUCUUUUUUCUUUCUUGUGCAACCAUCUCUUUAUUUUUGUUCUCUCUCCUCUUUGUCUACCUACAUACUACUGUGCAUUCGUUUCACAGUAUCAUUCGUUGGCGCAUUUAUAGUCGCUUCUCCUGCGUCUGUGCAUCGUCGCAUAACGUCACUCAGGCCUCACAAACACUGGACUUGUCGCCCGCCCGCGGUUCCUUGGUCUUUAGAGAGUGGGAACCGAAACCCGGGGCAACCACCAGCGCAACAGCAACAGCAACAGCGACAGCGACAUUCAACCAUAAACCAUCUUUUGCGCAACUGUAACCGCCAACCAAAUAAUACACACUUCAAAAUCUUUAUGUGUAUAGCGCCUCUCGUGCGCAUAAACAACCGCAAUCAUGUCGUAUAAUCGCCUAGACGACGAUUACUAUAACAACGAGAUGGAUCCUCGCUACGGGGCACAGCCUCAGCAACAUCCACAUCCUCACCGGACGCCUUCGCCAGGCCAGCCGCUCCAGCAAGGCUACCAGCUCGACGAUAAUCCCUUCGACGAUGGCCGAUAUGGACAGUAUGGCCCUUCCCAACAGCACCUUCAUAUGCCCUCGGGCCCCGACCCGCACCGGCUACCUACUCCAAGCGAUCAUCUGAACCUCAAUGCAGCUCAAUCUGUCGACAAUUUGUCAGGCUACGGACCUCCUGGUGAUUACGCUGUAAACCCUGAAGCGCAUCACGAUGCCUACUACAACCAACCUUACGAGCCUCGUCCUCAGCAGCAACCCUACGAUCAGAGCUACGACCAAGAGUACGAUCAACCCUACGAUGACCACAGGCCUAUGCUGCAACACCAACCAUCAGAUGCGCCAAGCGAACCAUAUCAAGACCAACCGCAACAAGGUGGUGGAAUCAAGCGCUGGAAAACCGUCAAGCAAGUUCUCUUGUACCGCGGUAACCUGGUCCUGGAUUGUCCUGUUCCUCCAGUUCUGCUGCAACAGAACCCCCACGGAGAGCGUGAUGAGUUCACACACAUGCGAUAUUCCGCUGCGACUUGCGAUCCCAAUGACUUCUACGACCACGACUUCACACUGCGACAGAGGCUCUUCACAAAGCCCCGCCAUACCGAGCUGUUCAUUGUCGUGACAAUGUAUAACGAGGACGAUAUUUUGUUUGCCCGAACCAUGACCGGUGUUUUCAAGAACAUCGAGUACAUGUGUAACCGUCCCAACAGUAAGACAUGGGGUAAAGACGCGUGGAAGAAGAUCGUCGUCUGUGUCGUCAGUGAUGGUCGUUCCAAGAUCAACCCUAGAACCAAGGCUCUUCUGGCCGGUAUGGGUGUAUACCAAGAGGGUAUCGCUAAGCAGCAGGUCAACGGCAAGGAUGUCACAGCCCAUAUUUACGAAUACACAACGCAAACUCACCUUCAGAUCAAGAACGACGUUGUCCAGCUCGUUCACCGACGUCAACCAGUUCAAAUGCUGUUCUGUUUGAAGGAGAAGAACGCCAAGAAGAUUAACUCACAUAGAUGGUUUUUUACGGCCUUUGGUAGAGUCCUGGACCCUAACAUUUGUGUGCUUCUCGAUGCGGGUACUCGACCCGGUGGAAGUUCAAUUUACCAUCUCUGGAAGGCCUUUGAUCUCGAGCCCAUGUGUGGUGGUGCUUGCGGUGAGAUCAAGGCUAUGUUGGGUACUGGUGGAAAAUACCUUCUCAACCCGCUCGUCGCUGCUCAAAACUUUGAGUACAAGAUGAGCAACAUUCUCGAUAAGCCAUUGGAGUCCGCUUUCGGUUUUAUCUCUGUGUUGCCUGGUGCCUUCUCAGCCUACCGAUAUGUCGCUCUUCAGAACGAUAAGAACGGAAAGGGACCUCUCGAGAAGUACUUCUUAGGUGAGACGCUCCACGGUGGAAGCGAUGCUGGUCUUUUCGAGUCCAAUAUGUAUCUUGCCGAAGAUCGUAUUCUUUGCUUCGAGCUGGUCACCAAGCGUAAUUGCCAUUGGAUCCUGCAGUACGUCAAGUCAGCUACUGGCGAGACCGAUGUUCCCGAUACAGUUACUGAGCUUGUCCUCCAACGUCGCCGUUGGCUCAACGGUUCUUUCUUCGCUGCCAUCUACGCUAUUGUUCACUUCCUCGACUUCCUCCGAUCUGAUCACACUUUCUUGCGAAAGUUUGCCUUCUUCAUCGAAUUCAUCUUCAACACUAUCAACAUGAUCUUCGCUUGGUUUGCUAUUGGUAACUUCUUCCUCGUUUUCAAGAUUCUCACAACCAGUUUGGGAGAUGAUUCGUUACUGGGGCGGACAGGAGAAAUUCUGGGUGUCGUAUUCACAUGGCUCUACGGUGUAUUCUUGAUUACUUGCUUCGUCUUAUCUCUAGGCAAUCGACCAGCAGGUUCCGGUAGGCUCUAUACCGCCAUGUGUUGGUUCUGGGCUAUGAUCAUGAUCUAUCUAUUGUUCGCUGCUAUUUUCAUCGCUGUCAAAUCUAUCAUUGCCGACGUUAACGACUCAAACGGCUUUAAUUUUUCAGAGAUCUUCAAGAACAAGGUCUUUUACAUGCUUAUCAUCUCGGUCAUGUCCACGUUUGGUAUCUGGCUGAUCGCUUCGCUGAUCAUGUUGGAUCCCUGGCAUAUGGCUACCUCUUUGGUCCAGUACAUGCUUCUCACGCCAACCUUUACAAAUGUUCUAAACGUCUACGCCUUCUGCAACACGCACGAUGUUUCUUGGGGUACUAAGGGUGACGACAAGGUUGAGAAGCUUCCUUCGGUCAACACCAAGGACGGUACUGGAAAAACGGAUCUGCCUGACGAAGGAGACUUGAACGCACAAUAUCAACGAGAACUUGCUGUCUUUUCACAGAAGCAUGUUGAGGUCAAGACUGCCCCCACUCCCAGCCAGCUCCAGGAGAAGCAAAUGGACUACUACAGAGGUGUUCGCACUGGCGUCGUUCUCAUCUGGAUGGUGUCAAACUUUGGACUGGCAGCGCUUGUUCUGAGCUCUGCAGGUCUGGAUCGAAUCAGCCCCAACAAGGAUAAGGACCAUGAAGCGGAACAGCUGAGCCGAUCCAACAUCUACAUGUCUAUCGUCCUUUGGAGUGUGGCAGGUCUGAGCGCGUUCAAGUUUAUCGGUGCGAUGUGGUUCUUGGUGGUGCGCAUGUUCCGAGGUGUCUAAGAUGAGAGGCGCAGCGCAACUUAGGCUCGAACUUUUGGCGUGCAGGGAACGAGAAAGUUCGUUUAGCUUUCACAUUAUACCCAUUUAUGACGAGGAGUCCCUGGGGAUUUGAGGGGCUCGGUGUUGUUGAAUAACGUACGUGUAUGUAGGCAAACUUUGAUGUUGGUCAUGUCAUGAUGUUUUGACUCGGCUGCGGAGGAUACGAUACAUACCAGGAAGGCGUUUGGUUUGCUUAGGCUGGGUUUAUAUCCUUAGAUAUGCACACAUAAGGGUGAAUUUUACGUUAACUACUUUCUAUACCAUUUUGUUUCUCUUCUGC